CCGUGCCUUACGGCGCUGCCCGCUCCGGGGAGUCUGAGGGAGGUCACUCGCUCCUCUCUCGGCCGCCGCUGCCUGACGGACUCAGGGGAGGCCGGGGCCUCCUCCUUUUUUUCCUCUUGAGGGAGGGAGAAGGGGAGGCGAGGCGGGAUGUGGCGCGUGCUGGCGAAGCGCGUGGCCCAGCAAUGCGCGGCCCCGCGGAGGGUUCGGCUCCUGCCGGCGCCGGGGGCGAGCUUGGAGGGGGCCCCUUGGCGGGGCCGCGCCUCCUGGGGGGCCGUCGCCGGUGGUAGCGGCGGCGGCCUCGCCUCAUGGGGGCCCCGCCGGGGGGGAGAGGCGCCGCUGUUCCUCCAGGAAGGGAAGGCCCGGCUCCAGCCCGGCCCCGCCCGGCACUGGUGCAGCUACCCGGCCCACCAGAAGGUGCCUUUGCCAGCUCUCUCUCCUACGAUGCAGAUGGGGACUAUUGCACGAUGGGAGAAGAAAGAAGGGGACAAGAUCAAUGAGGGGGAUCUGAUAGCAGAGGUAGAGACAGACAAAGCUACUGUGGGGUUUGAGAGCCUGGAAGAAUGUUACUUGGCCAAGAUCCUGGUGCCAGAAGGAACGCGGGAUGUUCCCAUUGGAGCCAUAAUCUGCAUCACUGUGGACAAGCCUGAGCUUAUUGAUGCCUUUAAGAGUUACACUUUGGAUUCUUCAGCAACUGCUCCACCAGCCUCAGUGCCUCCUCCUCCUCCAGCAGCAGCAGCUCCCCCCACGCCAGCAGCUCACCCCUCUGCUCAAGCUCCAGGCAGCUCCUAUCCUCCUCACAUGCAGAUUCUUCUCCCUGCCCUCUCACCCACAAUGACAAUGGGCACAGUUCAGAGAUGGGAAAAGAAGGUUGGUGAAAAGCUAAGUGAAGGAGACUUGUUGGCAGAAAUUGAGACAGACAAAGCUACGAUAGGCUUUGAAGUACAGGAAGAAGGUUACUUGGCAAAAAUCUUGGUGUCCGAAGGCACGAGAGAUGUGCCCUUAGGAACUCCCCUCUGCAUCAUUGUGGAGAAAGAGUCUGACAUUCCAGCGUUUGCAGACUACAAGGAUGCUGGAGUAGCAGAUAUCAAGCCCCCAGUGCUGCCGCCACCCCCAAGUCCUGCAGCGGCAGCAACACCUACUCCUUCUUUUCCAUCCCAGCCAGCGGCCCCUCCUUCGGCUAAGGUUCCUGGACAAAAAGGGAGGGUAAUAGUCAGCCCUCUGGCAAAGAAACUGGCAGCAGAGAAAGGAAUUGACCUUUCACAGGUGAAAGGCACGGGACCAGAUGGACGGAUAACAAAGAAAGACAUUGAGUCGUUUGUGCCAUCAAAGGUUGCCCCGCCCCGGGCAGCAGAAGCACCUCCUCUGGCAGCACCUGCACCAGCAGCUGCCGCAGCUCUUCCCACAGGCGUCUUCACGGAUAUUCCAAUCAGCAAUAUUCGCAAGGUGAUUGCCCAGCGUUUGAUGCUGUCUAAGCAAACGAUACCUCACUACUAUCUCUCAGUCGAUGUAGACAUGGGAGAAAUACUGGUGCUAAGAAAAGAGCUCAACCAGGAGAUGCCGCAGAACACUAAGCUUUCUGUCAAUGACUUCAUAAUUAAGGCUUCAGCUCUGGCUUGCAUGAAAGUGCCUGAAGCAAAUUCCUCUUGGUUGGACACAGUCAUUAGACAGAAUCAUGUAGUCGAUGUAAGCGUUGCAGUCAGUACUCCAGCAGGGCUUAUAACCCCAAUAGUAUUUAACGCACACAUAAAGGGAUUGGCUUCCAUUAACAAAGAUGUUGUAACGUUGGCAACCAAAGCUCGCGAAGGGAAGUUACAGCCGCAUGAAUUUCAGGGAGGAACUUUUACAGUCUCAAAUUUAGGAAUGUAUGGGAUUAAGAAUUUCUCUGCGAUUAUCAAUCCACCACAGGCUUGUAUUUUAGCAGUUGGUGCCUCUGAGAAAAGGCUGGUCCCAGCAGAUAAUGAAAAGGGAUUUGACGUAACCAGCGUGAUGUCUGUCACGCUUAGCUGUGACCACCGCGUUGUGGAUGGAGCAGUUGGAGCCCAGUGGCUGGCCGAGUUCAAGAAGUUCCUUGAGAAGCCGGCCACCAUGCUGCUAUAAUCCCUUGAGGCCACCAGGACUUUCUUAGGUCACAUCACAUCAUUCUAAAGAAGCUAUUUAUAUAUCUAGUGUUUAGACUUUUAAAACAAAUGUUCCCUUCUUUAUUUUUUAAAAAAAUCUUAUCUAAAUAUAUAUAUAUGGUUGCUGGUAAUUUUUAUUACCAGUUGUACAUAUUAAAAUGGUUUGCAUAGGCUUUCUGGAGCCUGGUUCGGUUAUACUGUAUUUUAUACAGGGAAAUGAAUUUGCAAACUUUCCCCCCUCCUAAAUAGCCCAAAGUGAUUGAAAUCAUGUGGAGGAGCUCGUGCUUCUGAUCAAGGGAACACAGGCCCACCCAGCAACCUGAUGACUCAUUCUGUGUUCCCAAAAAACAGAGGAACCAAGACUGUAAAAGCAAAGAAAAACAAAAACAUAAGUUGAACUAUCUGGUGGCUGAAAUCCCCUUGCCAGCAAAGACAGGAAGCUUGUGCAUUCUCUCCUCCUGUCCUUUUAGAUUAGCAGGCUGUCCUGAAGGAUGGAAGAGAACAGGGUUCCCUAAUGGUCCACAUGCCAGCUUUUUUUCUAGAGUUCAGCAGUUACUCAGAUUUUGUAGCCACAUGAAUUCUGUGAGAGCACUUUAACUCAAGAACUCCAAUCAGACUCCCCACAUUGUAUGGCGACAUUUCUUUUUUGAAAUAAUGCUGACCAUAUAUGUUCUUUCUAGUGCAUUUUAUGAACUUUCCAUCUUUUUUGGCAUUAAAUCUUUCAUUUUAAGAGACUGCUUCCCCCCCUCUAGUUUAGUGAAUGCUGCUUCACUUGAAGCUGGAGUCAUCGUUCAGGGAAAUGAUGAAAUUCAUUAGGGGCUGAUAAACAUAAACCAAUGUGGUCUGAACAUCUGGAUGCUGACUUUAGGGUUCCCUCCCCCCUUCCACAUUGUUGACCCUAGGAAGCUCUGAGAGGUGUUGGGACUAGGUGCAAUCCAAAUGGGACUUGUCCUGUCAUUGAAAUGAAUGUGAGGUCACUGUCUUCCUUCAUAUAAAAAAAGAUUGUGCAGAAAAGAUAACCUGAGUGGCUUGUGACCACUGGCCAUAAUUCAGAGUAAAUGAGUUUUGCUUAAGUUCCAUUGAAAUCAAUGGUACAGGUUAGUCGUGACUAUUGAAGUCCUAUUCAUUUCAAAAUAGGUGCAACUAUAUUUCUCUGAAUAGGGGUCACUUCUGUAACAACUUUGUCUUUUGCCAAUCCCAGCCUUGGGGAAGUGGCAGAAUUUAUUUGGUCAUGUAAAUAGUGUAAAAAUUUAAAUUGCUUGGAAUGGUUUUCUUUUGAAAUUGUGCCCAUUUGCAUUUAAGAUUGUGUCCACAAAGGGAAGGAUUCUCUAGUGGAAAACACUCCCAUGUUUGCUUUCCAAAGAAAAUGUUAAUUUACAAAGGAGGAUCAUGUAAUAGCCAAGUGAGUGACCUGGAGAGCCAAGUAUACCAUUAAUAAAUAUACCCAAAAUUAUUCUGUACGAUAUGCAUUGCAUUAAGUAUUGUAAAGUUGUGCUACCAAAUCCACUAAAAGAAUAUUCAAGGUGGUUAUACUGUGGAGAUUAAAUAUUUUUCUGAGACCCAUCUAAUAUUUUGUUAAUUUAGUUGCUGUUUUGCAUAAAAUCUUUUACUGUUUUGGUAAGAAGCAAGUUGCACUUAAAACGUCCUAACUCAGUUCCCGUCUGGCCAGUUAGGCCAGUUGUGUUCCAUUAAAUGUUUAAAAUUUAUUAGAUGGC